AUGUCGCGUCGGUCCGCCCGCCUCUGGAAUUAUAUUGAGAGAAGGGAAAACAUCCGGGGUGGCGGAGACAAGAUCACGGCUCUCGAGUUUUGGGGAGGGAACAGUGGGAUCGACCGGUCGCAGAGUGCGGGCCGUGCGAUCGUCCAAACAUCAGAAGAACAGGCUCAAGAGACAGAGCCGGGCUCGGUGUUCCGCCAAUUUACGACCUGUCCCGGACGUGCGACGGAAAUGAAUGGUGUGGAUGCAGAGGGUUAA